CGCCUCGUCCACAUUGUCCCCAGGCAGUCAUCUGCGAAGUGCAUUGGUCCAUCAGCACUCCACAAGCCCGCAGCCUUCCGCUUACUCCACUGAACGCCUCACAUAUGCUCCCUCCUUCCUUCAAACUUGCUCGCAUAAUAUACUUCGGCAAACGCAAACAUUCGCUUUGAUUACAGGAUCAGUUGUUUGUUUCCGCAAUCGGCUAGCUUGCAUCUCAGGAUGGAUGCCAAAGAAAUAGAAGUCAGGUCAAAGGCCCUGACCAAGGCCGCGGGCUCCGCCGAACCUUCCUCGACAAUCAUUUCAAUACUUAAAGACCUUCAGAAUGGCGUUCGACCUACCGAGGAUCUCCUACGUGCUACCAAGAUCGGUAUCACCGUCAACAGGUUGAAGACACACAAGCAUCCUGACGUUGCCCGGUUAGCUAGCGACAUCGUUCACAAGUGGCGUCACGAGGUCAACAAGCAGAAGACGGGUGCAUCUCCAGUGGGGAGUCAGCGAUCAAGCGAUUCUCCUAAACAAACCCCUAACGGCAUGGCGACGCAAACUUCUGGAGCUGAAGCGUCGGAUAAGAUGUCGAAAUCCACAGUUCCUCCCGAUAAGAGAAGCUGGAAGGCAGAUCAGGUCAAUACGGCUCACACGCAAAAUAAAACCCGCGAUAGCUGUAUCGGCUUGCUAUACGAUGGCCUGUGCUUGAACUCAACCGAAUCACCCCGUACGGUCCUUCAAAAGUCUAUUGAGGUUGAAGCGGCCGCAUAUAGUGUAUUUGGCCCUGAAACUAAAGAGCAAUAUCGUACCAAAAUUCGCAGCCUAUACCAGAAUCUUAGAAACAAAUCUAACCCGGCCCUUCGUGUGCGUGUCCUCAGCAACGAAAUCGCGCCUGAUAAGUUUGUCCGCAUGACGCAUGAUGAGUUGAAAUCCGAUGAGCGACGGGAAGAAGAUCGCAAAAUCGAAAAAGAAAACAUGGACAAGGCUAUGGUUGCCAAGGCCGAGCGAAGCAUCAGUAAAAGUUUACAAUGCGGAAAAUGCGGUCAACGCAAAGUCACGUAUACCGAAGCACAGACGAGAAGUGCUGAUGAACCGAUGACUUUGUUCUGUACAUGCCUUGCUUGCGGUAAGUCCUGGCGUCAGUAAGAAAGGAGGAAGAGGGCGCUGUUGCGGACUAUUGAUAAACUUCUCUUCAACUUUCGAGAUUCUUACUGUAUCCUGAUAUGGGUUUUACAAGGUAUUACUGGGCGCUGUUGCGAUCCUAAUUUCUCUAAUUUGGACGAUUGUUUUACUAUCAGGAAGUGACCUUUUUUAUCAUGGAUGGCGUCUUGCGUUUCACUCGGCGGUGCUCUCCUGUAUUUUCCUUUUCCUUUUUUCCCUUGUUGUUCUUUGACCCUCAAGCCCAAAACUGUCUCUAUGCUGACAGCCCCCUUUUGCCCCUUCUCUUCGACCCAACUUUUCCUGGCAGGGUACUUCCUACAGCUUGUUCUAUUAGAUUAGAUUUACAGGCCAUAAUUAACUCUAUCGGGCGCUGAUU